AUGGCUUCAGAGGUCACCAGUAGGUUGAAAAGGAGAGAGAGAAGUUCUUUGAAACGGAAGUUCUACUCUACCAAGAGCAGAUCACAGUUGACUACGCCUGCGCGCCCACUUCAGAGCCUCAGUGGCAGCUUUGCCAAGACCCAUGGGCCUUGUUGCAAGACAUUGCCUUUGGUCUGAGAAGUUUCAACAUCAGAGCCAAGCAAUGCAGAGCAGCAGCUGCAGAUCAAGAACUUGCUGCUACAAAGCAAGAUCAAUUGCCUUGA